CACCAUGCGCUCCGCCAAGCCCUGCCGCAUCCUCCUCCUCCUCCUCCUCCUGCCGCCGCCGCCCGCCGCCGCCUACUUCGGCCUGACCGGGAAGGAAGCCCUGACCCAGUUCCCAUCACUGGGUGCCCCGGGGGGCUCUGGCCCGGGCCAGGGCCACGUGAAGCAGUGUGAGCUGCUCCAGCUGUCCCGCAAGCAGAGGCGGCUGUGCCGGAGGGAGCCGGGGCUGGCGGAGACGCUGCGCGACGCCAUCCGCCUGGGCAUCCUGGAGUGCCAGUUCCAGUUCCGCAGCGAGCGCUGGAACUGCAGCCUGGAGGGCCGGCCCAGCCUGCUCAAGAGAGGUUUUAAGGAGACAGCCUUCCUGUACGCCGUGUCCUCGGCGGCGCUGACGCACUCGCUGGCGCGGGCGUGCAGCGCGGGGCGCAUGGAGCGCUGCACCUGCGACGACUCCCCGGGCCUGGAGAACCGCAAGGCCUGGCAGUGGGGCGUCUGCGGGGACAACCUCAAGUACAGCACCAAGUUCCUGAAAAAGUUCCUGGGCCAGAAGAGGAUCGGCAAAGACCUGCGGGCCAAGGUGGACAUCCACAACACCAACGUGGGCAUCAAGGCGGUGAAGAACGGCCUCAAAACCACCUGCAAGUGCCACGGCGUGUCGGGCUCGUGCGCGGUGCGGACGUGCUGGAAGCAGCUCUCUCCUUUCCACGAGAUCGGGCGGCUCCUGAAGCUGCGCUACGACGACGCCGUCAAGGUCUUCAGCACCACCAACGACGCCGUGGGACACUCGGAGCUGGCAGGGCCACACAGACACGGCCACUCUGGCAAGCAGCCCGCCCUGCCGCGCCCCACCGACCUGGUGUACGUGGAGGACUCGCCCAGCUUCUGCCGGCCCAGCAAAUACUCCCUGGGCACCGCGGGCAGGACCUGCUCCCGCGAGGGCAACUGCGACAGCAUGUGCUGCGGCCGGGGCUACAACACCCAGAGCCGCCUGGUCACCUUCUCGUGCCACUGCCAGGUGCAGUGGUGCUGCUACGUGGAGUGCCAGCAGUGCAUGCAGGAGGAGGUGGUCUACAGCUGCAAGCAGUAGGGACAGCCCUGAGGGGCGAGGCGAGUCCAGGGGAGCAGCAGGGGGACAGGGACAUGGCUCUCUGCUGUGGGGUGAGGGCAAAGGUGAGCGCCAAGUGUGUGCUGUGCUCCUCCUCAGCACUGGGAUGCUCCA